GGUGACGCAGCGCCGCCUCCCGCUCCCGCCUCCCCGCGCCACCGCCCGGCAGACUGCAGGGGCCGCUAACGGUCCCGCGCACCCCCCCGGCGUCCGCGCGCCCCGCGCCCGGCGGACGAGGCCGCGCCGGCGGCGAUGGGGGCCAUGGGGGCGGCGGAGCCUCUGCACUCGGUGCUAUGGGUGAAGCGGCAACGCUGUGCCGUCAGCCUGGAGCCCGCGCGGGCUCUGCUACGCUGGUGGCGGAGCCCGGAGCCCGGGCCCUCCGCGCCGGGUGCCGAUGUCUGCUCAGUACCAGUGUCAGAGAUCAUCGCUGUUGAGGAGAAAGACGUCCGUGAGAAAUACUCCUCCAAUGGCCGAUGGCAAAAAAUGGAAAAUCCGUUCGCAUUCACAGUCCACCGUGUGAAGCGAGAACGACACCACCGCUGGAAGUGGGCACGGGUGACCUUCUGGAGCUCAGACGAGCAGCUGUGUCACCUGUGGCUGCAGACGCUUCGUGGGCUGCUGGAGAGCCUGACUUCAAGACCAAAGCACUUGCUGGUAUUUAUCAACCCUUUCGGAGGGAAAGGUCAGGGCAAGCCCAUCUAUGAAAAAAAAGUGGCACCUCUGUUCACCUUGGCCUCCAUCACCACAGAGAUCAUCAUUACUGAGCAUGCCAAUCAAGCCAAGGAGACUUUAUAUGAGAUCAACAUAGACAGCUAUGACGGCAUCGUGUGUGUAGGCGGGGACGGCAUGUUCAGCGAGGUGCUGCAUGGGGUAAUUGGGAGGACGCAGCAGAGCGCUGGUAUUGACCCCAAUCACCCCCGAGCCGUGCUGGUGCCCAGUACCCUGAGGAUCGGCAUCAUCCCCGCAGGGUCCACAGAUUGCGUGUGUUACUCAACAGUGGGCACAAAUGAUGCAGAGACGUCGGCUUUACACAUCAUUAUUGGGGACUCACUGGCUAUAGACGUGUCGUCCGUGCACUACAAUAACACACUGCUGCGGUACUCGGUCUCUCUGCUGGGCUACGGUUUCUAUGGGGACUUAAUCAAGGACAGUGAAAAGAAACGGUGGAUGGGCCUCGUCCGGUAUGAUUUCUCAGGGUUGAAGACCUUUCUCUCUCAUCAGUACUAUGAAGGGACAGUGUCCUUCCUCCCAGCACAGCACACGGUGGGAUCUCCACGGGACAAGAAACCCUGCCGGGCUGGGUGCUUCGUGUGCAGGCAGAGCAAGCAACAGCUGGAAGAAGAACAGAAGAAAGCCUUGUAUGGCCUAGAGAACGCUGAGGAAGUGGAAGAGUGGCAAGUGGCGUGUGGGAAGUUCCUGGCCAUCAACGCCACCACCAUGUCCUGUGCUUGUCCUCGGAGCCCUGAGGGCCUGUCCCCAUUUGCCCAUCUGGGAGAUGGGUCUUCUGACCUCAUCCUUAUCCGGAAAUGCUCCAGGUUCAACUUCCUGAGAUUCCUCAUCCGGCACACGAACCAGGAGGACCAGUUUGACUUCACUUUCGUCGAAGUGUAUCGAGUCAAGAAAUUCCACUUCACAUCAAAGCACGUUGAAGAUGAGGACAAUGACUUGAAGGAACUGGAGAAGCAGAAGUUUGGGCAGAUCUGCAAGGACAACCCCCCUUGCGCCUGCUCAGCCUCCCGAAGCUCCUGGAACUGUGAUGGGGAGAUCCUGCAAAGUCCCUCCAUCGAGGUCAGGGUCCACUGCCAGCUGGUGCGCCUCUUUGCUCGAGGAAUUGAAGAAGAGUCCUAAACAAGAGUCUCAAAGCCCAGGAGCCAUCAGCCUUGAGCUUGGGGAGUGUGGAAAUUACUUAAGAAAAAUCCGACAGACCAAUUAUGUUGAUAUAUCCAUUUGAAUUUAGAAAUUUAUUUUUGAUAGGUAAAUCUUGGUUUUUCGAAAAGACAGCUCUGUCAACAAUUCUGUAUCCAUACCUGGCAUGCUUGGCUCCGCUCCUGCGCUUCCAAGUCGCUUUUCAAUUGUUCUCAGCCAACGGCACUUGCUGGUUUGGUGCAUCGGCUUCCUAGAUUUUAGCCAUGCUGACCAUGCAGACUUCAAGACAGCCCUUUAGUGGGCCACACUGCAAUAAUUUUAGGGACAUUAUAACUUGACUACGUCCCAGGAAUCAGGUUACACCAUCUGGACACACGGGUAACGACCCGGUCACCCUGACCCCUUUGGUGAGACUUUCUCUGGAGUCGUCCGUGACCAGGUUUGGGAAGGUAGCUAGCCAGUGGUCUUUGCCUUCGCUUUACACCCACCUUCAUUUAUGAUCAGGAUGUCGCUAUGUGGCCCUUGCCACACACCACAACUGUAACUCAGCGAUAUCCUCGUACAGCCACGCCUGCAGAGCAGGGCCAUGUCACUUCGAGAAGACACCCAGGGUGACUGAUGUCUCAUCUUCAGGAUCUCUACAUCUGCUGCCAUCACAGCUGCAUCCUGCGACACAAUCUGGCAAAGUACCCACUUGGAAGCUUCAUUCUAUCAGCUCUGGUAGCCUGCACACGCUGGCCAGGGUGGUCUGUGAAGCACUGGCUAAGAGGAGGCUCUGUUCGGAAUCAAAGCACUUUCAUAGCUGGGUUUUGAGGGAGGUAGGGGGUGGUGGGGACAGAGGGCAACUUGCACACACAGAGGGGACUCAGCCCGACUGUCACCAGCAGGAUGGUGGGUGAUCUCAGGUCACCCCCUGGGGUACUCAGGUGCAAGCCUUAUGUCUACUCCUGGGUCCACAUCCAUUCUUCCCGCACCGUGGAUUCUAUUCCAUGUGCUUAUUCACAGCUUUCUCCCUGUCCAUCUUGUCCUAUAUCCAAUGUAAUCCACAUCUUAGCUAUUUGUUCGAUCUCCACAAGGGGGCCUCUAGCUGCUCUGGCUGAAACCCUGGGCUCAUGACCAGUUUUCCUCUGAAGGCAUUCCAAACCCAGGGGCUUCUCAACCACACAUACUAUGGCCCGUACUGUGUCUCUACUAGAUGGAUGCAUCUGAAAUGGGUAUAAAAGGGUUUUAGGAGAAAUUCAAGACUAUGCAGCAGCUUAAACUUGAUUUGCAAACGGGGAAGGGCACUGACUGUUACAAGAGCAGGUUUUAGGUUCUGCAUUGGGGAAAGUGUGCAUCUCGUGCGGGUCCUGUUACUCGCUACAGAGUUCUGCAGGCCUCACCGCAGAAUGAUGCUCUUUCUAGAUGCACCGCUUUCUAGAUGCUCUUGCACUGACUUCUGUUUUGAGGCAUACAGGAAAUCCUCUGUUUAGUAUUCAGUCCCAACCAGACAAAAGAGCAGCUGUAAAGGCUGCUUUAGGGGCCACUUGAAAGGCAAUUGUGCGGCGGUGCUAUUAUGAUUUUCGAGUAGAAAGCUGGCUAGAAAGAGUAAAUGUACCUAGCAGUCUCUAUCCAGAUCUGUCCCUGGAUGGGCAGAACCCCAAGGUGCCAGACUAGCAGCUCUGUGAGUAGGUAGGCAGCCCUGGUGCAGCGUGAGGGCAGAUGCUUUGGUUGGCCACCUCAAUGUGGCCCCUCACCCCUGGCAUUCCAGAGGGAGCUCAGGGCCCGAGGCAGCUGUGGGUACCCCUGGAUCUCAGGAACUGCCCUCUCCUCCAAGGAUUCAGGUCUUCACUGGCCUGGCUACAUAAGACUCAUGCCCUGGUCCACCCUCUGCCACUGCCAGUUCUGGAGGAGAGAUGCAGAUAGAGGGUGCUUUGACGGUGCUUAGCAGUGCAAGCCACGUUUGCAAUCUCAAACCCUGGCGCUAUCACAGAACAUCAUGAGUGUCAGGCACUCAUGACCCUUGUCACAGGUGUGCAGGAUGGGGGGGAGCUUGACAUUCCCAAGCAGUAGACAGUCUCCAUGAUGCUUUUUAGAUGCAAUACCCCAACCUCCCCAGGUCUUAGGUAUUUUAGGAGGAAAAAACAGGGGUAAAGGUUAGACAGUGGUGACUUAGGAUCCCAUAGAGGGUCUGGUCCAUGUUUUAACUCCCUCUGUAGCCCACUGGUGCACACCAAUUAGGCAGCAGUCAUAUGCGGUAACUUAUUCUUGUUUAUGGAAACUAAGCGGCGGGAACGGGCAGCACUGGUUUCCCAGGGGAUGCUUCCGGCCUCAGUGCAAUCUCCUGGAGCUGGGAGCACUGACGAGAAUGGCCCAGUAUGCCUCCUGGUCUUGCUGGCUUCAAGAUUAGGAAGUGGCAUAUAUGCUCUGAUAUGUUUGAGAAGACAAAAAAAUAAAAAAAUUAAAAAAAUAAAGUUACUUUGGGCAGAA